AUGGAGACCAGCGAAUAUGAAACGAAUACUCUGUCGAUAAACAACAUCGCGUCGAUAGCCUUUCGCAUUUACGAGCCAUCCACAGACCAAUCGCAUAGCUUCCAAUCAUCCGCCCUCGAAAUUCAAAGUACCUUUCGUGACCAAGGAAAGUUAGUUUCGUACGACGCCGACCGAGGAGGAAUAUGGAUCUUUCAGAUCACUAAUAAAGACGGAGCAAGCAAGGCUGUCAGUUUUGGCUCGGCUGUCAGUCUUGAAGCUUGCGGCUACACGCUGGGAAUGGUCGAUGAGGGUACACUCGAACCUGCUGCUUUACAGAAGAACCGCAUCCCCGGCAACACAACACAAAAUGCUCCAACAAACACGGCCGCGACAACAUCUCCUGCCGAACCACAUCAGCGCAACCCCUUAAUUUCACCCAUACAAACCGCCGGAGCCCAGGCAGAAGGAGGCGCUCAACUUCCGGCCCAGCCUGCCGACACCAGGACGACCCAGCCAGUACCCAACAUCAUAUACGAGCAGUUUAUUACCGCAGUAAUUUCCUCGAUAACACUCGCGUUUUGCAGCCAGUCUAUGGCGGUUCCUCUCAACUACAGGACAAUAUUAAUCCCACCGUUACAAGCCGAUACGAACGAACACGAAAAGGAUUCUCUGCCAGCUGAUCCUGUAAUUGGUACAUUCAAAACUUAUCUUACGACCACAGGGUCCCUCGUGGUCAGCCUUUACUUCUCUUAUUGCCAGAAUCUGGCUACUGUUGAAGAUGUGCUUUCCGGAGAUUCUUCAUCGCCGAGCGGCUCGAUAUUAGCUGCCCCUUAUGGAGUUUUCGCUACUAAAUCUGGCUUUUCCAAUGGAGAUAUAGAUCGGAGUCUUGCACAGACACCGAACACACAAGCUAUGAGUGUCAGAAGUGUCCCAGACACACAUGACUCACUCUGGAAGCAUUCGUGCCUCAAGGCCCUUGAAUACUGUGGACUGAAUCCGUCUAACUUCAAAGCGGGAUUAUGGGUUAAUCUUCUCAUCACGAAGCCGACUUCGCAGGAUGUCGAUGGAGAGCAGAAGCGACUGCGAGCCACCGUUCCGUGGCCAGGAGCUCUUUGCUUUCGCAAAAAAUCAUUGGAGGUAUCGACGACCCACCGUGUGGGAGAUACUAUCCUGAGUGGCCACGAGGAAUGCCACGAUCCUUUGGGUGAUGCUCGUGGAUGGUUUGCUAGUACUUCUGAAAGGGAAGAGAGGGUCUCCAAGCGCAAAGCCGAGCGUGCCCAUGCUGCCCCAAAAGAGGUCAACGGUGCUAACCUCCAAGCUCAAAGUCUCAGCGGCCAAUCCCCACUAUCAAUACGGCGCCCAAGUACGGCCACUGCUGGUGUCAUGUAUCCGACUCCUCCUGAUGCUAUCCAACAGCACCUCGGCGUUACUCCUUCUAUAGAUGGAGCGACCUCUAGCCCUAAUAACCCCCCUCCAACUCUAGCAGUUGCUGACGCCGAUACCGCGAUGCCAACAGUAACACCGAUGGCCGACGUCGAUAAUGAUAUGUGGGACGGCGGUCACGAACAAAAGAGAGCGCGAAGCGAUAGCAACUUGCUUGGUGAUACUGAGGACAUAAUGAAUGAUAUGGCGGGAGACGUAUUUGGCGAUCAUGAUGUGACAGAAGACGAUUUCAACUUUUUUGAUGGACCUGACGGUAACGACAUGGAUAUCGACAUGUCCGAUUUGCAACCGAUUUCGCAUCAAAUUCCGCAUCCACCACUUCCUCAAGCGAUACUCCCUCAAGCGAUGCCCCUUCAAGCGAUGCCCCCACCGGUGAUCAUGCAGCCACUGCCCCAGAAAGUCAUCGAGCCACAGCCCGAGAUCAAGCCAAAGCCAAGGCCAAGGCCAAGGCCCAAGAUCCAUGAGCCUGUUUUUGCGAAGCCAGAAUUAAAACACGCCAGAAGCUCCCUCAAUGAUGAGCUCAACCACAAGGUCAAAACUGAACGAUCAAAUUCCAACAAGCGAGGAUCCAGCCCCUUUGACCCAGAUACUGUGUUCAAGCGGGUCAAAGCUUCUCUGGCUAGCCCUACGCAGGAGAACUUCACCUUUCAAGCCCCCCUCCGGCGCAAGAGUAGCAUUUUUGAGAAAGUCGAGUUUGACCCCAAGAUUCCUCUGAUCAACAAGAAGUACGAACACGGUGGCGCGUUUGACUUUUCGAAGGACUUGGGCAGUGGGGACUUGAAGCGUGAUACUGAAGGCCUUUCCAGAGACGAAUAUCUUGAACGCCAAGGGAAGCUUAAUCCGGAUUCCAAGACCUUUCCUGGCGUCUCUUUGAUCAGAAGCUUGACCGGUGCAGACGGAUCUGCUAAUCACGCAAAUGCCCAAAAAUCGAAUUGCAAUGCAUCUUUCUCAGAAGAUAGCGAUGUCGAUUCAGAGGCAGAUGACCUGAGUUCACUUUCUGGUGGCCCUGUCUCGCCCAUUAAGUCCAGCGUGAAACGAACAGUUGUGGAUGAUGACGCAGUUUCGCAAGCCACAACAUCGCGAGAGGGAGAGCUGAUGGACGAUGCCACUGAAGAGCAGCUUGCGAUCGAACUACCCAAACUGUCAAAGACAGAGUCAUACGAAAUGCCGCUUCAUCGUUUCUUUUCGGACCCGGAGCCUCUGAAUGCAGAAGUGGGACUUUCCAACAACGAAUUUGUUGAGGUUGCACAGAUUGUUACCGAACAGGCUGCUACUGGCCGACUUGAUAUUGGUAUUGAUCACAAGAACGGAUCGUCUGUUGCACUUGCAACAAUGAAGGGCCAUGAGCUCAAUGUUGCUCGCAGUUCUCUUCAACUUCUCCACAACGUCAUUCCCUCGAAUCUUGGAAGCGCCACGGCGGUAAGAUUGAAAGGAUUACUCGAGAUACUGGACCUUCCACUCGCGGGACAGCCAACUCGUCUCCAACCCCGGCCGAUACCUGGCAGGGAUACCAAUGUAGAGCAACUACGGGCCAACAACCUCUACCAGAUUCCUGUACCUCAUCUUGAGGUCCGUAGAUCAGAAACGAAACUAUCAGUACUUCCGUCAUCUGUUUCGUUCUGGGAAGGUCUUGGACUGUCACCUUCGUGGGGCCCGAAGGACAUCACUGCUCUUUGUAUAUUUCCUGGCUGGAAGGGAAUGUCUGAUCACGUCGGAAGUUUUAUCAGCCGCUUGAAGAGUGUAUACGAAUCGUUGAAACUAGGUACCUUCAACAACCUGCCCUUGUCUGGAGACUGGGACGACGGUGUUUUGCCUUAUGAGGUCGAUAGGAUUUCGACCUCACCUGACGCAACUGUUACUGGUCAUGGCUCCUCUCUAGUGGAGAGCAUGGAAGUGCUCCGAAGCUCUCUAUCAGAAUUGAAGUCCAAGGACAAGAAUCUAGUCAUCUACUUCGUCUACUCGCCUGACAAUCCCGCGUCUAUCAUCGAAGCUUGCACCGCUUUCUACCGCUGUUUCGGCGAGUAUAGUGAACUCCUAGCAGACCGCAGAGAAUCACCGCAGAAUGAGCUGGUAUUGCAGCUUGUGUCGUCGAAUCUAAUAUCGUCUACGACAUCUCUAGUUGUUCCAACCCCAGCGGAAAUGAUCAAACUCUGUGUCGAGACUUAUGACAGAUGCACGCUGUUUCUGGGCGCUGAACAUGGAGGGCCUACCCCUGCACCUGCAGUCAUGCUUGAACAACCUCCGCCUCGAAUGAUCGACUUCAAAUUGACUACCUCACCUUCUCAAUCCCUUAUGCACGAAAACUCAUGUAUUCAUGUGGGCUACGCUGAAAGCCUUGAUGGUCGUUGGAUCACGGCUGCAUGGACCGACAACCGUGGGCAACGACAAGCGACUGCAUCUUACUCUAUUACGAGGAGCAGAACCCCUGAUCGCUCUACUUCCCACCAUAAAGCAGCCAUUAUAGCUGAAAUCUGGGCGACGACGCUGACUAUGAUAUCGAUAUGGAAAGUGCACUGGCGAGUAAUCAUCACCAGAUCAGGACCAAUGGACCAGAAAGAGGUUGAGUGGUGGCAAGCAGCAUCGACACUCGAUGACAAGUAUUCUUUCACGAUGGUCUUGAUGUCAGUUGACACCAGCCCAUCCCUACAACUUGUACCGCCCGUUGUGAAGAUUCCUCAUGCGGCAACUUCGGCGUUCUACUCGACACCUGUGUCCACGCCCCAGGCUAACAUUGUCUCGCCGGAGCAAACAACGACUCCAGCAACUCCUAUGCGGGAAGCUAGUACCCUGGCUGCCACCCCAGGUGCCGAGAGUGCUACGGAACCAGAUGCCGAUUCUUUCUUGAUUGACGCCACUGAUCAAACAUGGGGCGCAAUCUCUGGACAUCGAUUCGGCAACUCCACUACGCUUCUUGAAAUGCGGCCUGCACUUGCUAGUGGUUACUUGAUAAAACGAACGGGAAUCAAGAUUGAAGAUCCUCCAGUUGUGAUGGAGGUUAACCUUGUCCAUACAGAAGCUACCCCUCGUGCGUACGAGCCGCUUCUUCGAGAGAUGCUGUGUUACUUUAGGGGUCUUGGUACUUUGGCCCGUGCUAGAGGCGUCACAGAUCGUGAGACGGAUGUUCGACCUUGGCAUAUUGCAGUAGCCGAGAAGGGCGUACGAGCGCUGCAUCUUUUGUUAUAA